AUGUCAGAAUAUACACAUAUUCCAUCAUCCGACGAUGAUAUAUUCAGUCAAAAAGAUGAUCAAACAGAGAGUGGUAAUCUUCUAGGUAAUGGCCACAGUCCCCAGAUAGACCAGCGUCGUAUUUGGCCAUACAUUAAAAGACAACCUUUGCUCUACGCUGUCGUUUUCGCUUUCAUCUUUCUCUUUGGUUUGAAUAUUGUUCUGGCUACAUCACUUUAUCUGAAGACUAGAGACGUUGGUGACAAAUAUGGCAAGUCACAUCUGAACUCCAAUGAGACUACUUAUUUCACAACAGAGAACGAUUGUGCUCGGCGCCUCUCUGUAUACUCUCCUGCAUAUGAUGCCAUUGAAUACCUGGAAAGCGGACUCUACGAUGCCUUCGGAGGCGAUGAAUACAUAGGUCGACCAACUGAGCGUACAGAGAAGGCGUGGAAAGGGCUAUGGCAACGUCAGUGUCCUACGGAACCACUAGAUGAAGCCAUCUUAGUCGAAGACUGGGCGAUGCCGAUGCUAAACCGCACCAAGACUGAACUCAGGUUCUAUGAAUACGUCGAAACCAGUGAAGCUUCCGGCUACACUGCGUGGCUGGAAGUCUACCAUCAACUGGCAUGCUUGGACCUUAUUCGGCAAUACAGCUGGCUAGUAGCCGGCAACUUAUCAGUUGAACUUAUCCCUGAAGAACUGAAGAAAUCCCCUGAGGAAAAUCGAAUGCACGUAGAUCAAUGCAUAGAUACACUACGCAUGAGCCUGAUGUGUCACGGUGACACCACCCCUAUGAUGAUCACCCAAGAUCGAGAUGUGAAGUCUGGAUACAGGGGAGAUCCAAAUGGCCAUGCUAAAUGCCGCAAUUUCUCGAAGCUACAGGCGUGGACAGAGAGCCAUGGCGUUGAGCACUGGAAAACCAGUAGUGACUUCCACAACCAUGGUGACCGUAGCUAG